UGAAUGUUAUCGUCUGUAGAGGUUAACGUAAUCGUAUCUACUUAACGAUUGUGAAGAUGUUUUGCAGACUCAAGUCAUCGGCCACUGCGAUUGUUCUGCUCGCUGCAGUUGCUACUCACACUUUUAUUAUACCAACUACAGUGGUUCAUUCCAAUACCUCAUCUACAAUCCGUCCUGACAUUAACCAUCUCAAUCCAGAAAAGAAUUUUACCAUAGAAAAUUUUAAGAACAGCAGUUCGACGUUGUAUGCAAAUGUUCACCGUUCAAUUGAUGAAUUCCCUAGGGAUUUCUUUACUGAAGAACAAAGACUUCACGGAGCCGUUAUCGUUCACUUAAUUUUGUCUUUUUAUGGAUUUCUAUUCAUAACGUUUGUUUGUCAAGAUUAUUUCCUACCAUCAGUGUUAUAUAUAUGUCUAGACCUGGGACUUUCACCGGACGUUGCCGGGGCGACAUUUAUGGCGGCGGCAACUUGCACGUCCGAGCUUCUCGUCUCCACGAUCGGAACUUUUGUGACCAAAUCUGACCUUGGCGUUGGCACGGUGGUUGGAAGCGGUGUGUACAACACGCUGGGCGUGUCGGCAUGCGCGGGCCUGGCAGUCUGCAGUCGACCAAUCACGAUAGAAAAGUGGCCGUUGAUCCGGGACAGCGGCGUGUACUUAACUUCCAUAGCUGUGCUGGCUGCCAUCGCCGUUGACAACGUGAUCAUUUGGUACGAGGCACUGAUCAUGAUCACCAUGUUCCUUGGAUAUUUUGUCUUUUUGUUCACACAAUACAAGCUCGUCGCGAAAAUUGAAAAGUGGGAACACAACAAAUGGAUUACAUCAGUCUUUGAGUCUAUCAAACGACUGCUAUGCUGUAGCAAGUACACUUCUACGGAAUCUCAAAACAUCACCCUGUUCAGAAGUGAUACACCAAUACGUCAAUAUGGAACAGUCGAACACCAGUUGCAGCUGCAAGAUAGCGAACGAGCGUCAUCAAAAAUUACAUUUACUUCGACCACGACAAUCUUUGGCGAAUGCGAUCAAUUAAAUGCGAAUGAACAAACUUAUUUACCUCAGUCGAAAUCGCCUUGGAGUAAUUUGUUGUCGGUUGUUUGGUGGACGUUUUGCUGGCCAGUUAACUUUAUCAUGUGGAUUACGAUACCAGAUUGCCGGGCAAAACGGGCAGUAUACCCUGUCACGUUUAUCAUGUCCAUUUUAUGGAUCAGCGCGGUCACAUAUAUUUUGUCAUGGUUUUUAACGAUAUGUGGUGAUACGUUUCACGUCAGUGACGUUGUCAUGGGCAUAGGAGUUUUAGCAGUCGGCAGCAGCAUCCCCGAAGCUGUUUCGGGUAUAAUAAACGCACGAAACGGCGAAGGCUCUAUGAGCAUCAGCAGUGCACUUGGCUCUAACACAAUGGAUAUAUUAUUGUGUCUGGGUCUGCCAUGGUUUAUCAAGUGCAUAUUACCAACAUCGAUGAAUGGCGGACCCGUCACAUUGCAAACCGACACCUUGUUCUUUAACUGUAUGUGCAUGAUCGCCAGCGUAGUCAUUCUUAAUGUGGCGGCAGCAAUCAAUGGAUAUAAAAUGCACAAACCAUUUGGAAUUAUGUGCUUUUUCGGACAGAUAGUUAUUAUAGCGGCAUUGAUAAUCAACGGACUUAACGUCGCCAAAGACGAUGGAACUGUACGGCGCAGCUGAUAUUUUUGACUAACUUGUUAUAUUUUACUGCUGAUAGUAAACGACAGUAUAAAGUA